AUGUCGGACAAAAACAGUGAGGAUGCCAAGGAGUUAGAUCUUGUUGACAGUACUCCGAAAGAUCAAGAGCAUGUUGACCCUUCUGUGGAAGACCUAAAACUUUUGGACGAAAAUGUGGAAAGUCCCAUGCCCUCUCCCCAAGAGGAGGAGGAAGUAAUCAAGAAGAAGUAUGGAGGAUUAAUACCAAAGAAACCUCCUUUAAUAUCCAAAGUAGAUAUGCACUCUUCACUUCUGCCUUUGGUUGUACUUAUGGUUGCUAUUGAGGACCAUGAGCGUGCUUUUUUUGAUUCUGCUGAUUGGGCUUUGGGAAAGGGAGCACAGAAGAGCAAAGGACCACUAGAGGCACUCCGCCCAAAAUUGCAGCCCACACCCCACCAGCAAGUUCGACGCUCGGCUUAUGCUCCUGCAGGUGAAGGUGAAGAUGGUGACAAUAAUGAUGCUACUGCUUCUGAGGAUGAGAGCUUCCCAUUAGAAGUUAGCAACAACAACAAUUCUCACACUGGGAAUCAGAAUUCUAGCAACUAA